AUGCUAGAUCAUGGGAAACAUGAUAGUUCAAAAGCUAAGAGGGACCAACACACUGAGGGGGAGUCUCAACUUCUAAGGGAAUGUCACACUACAAGUGACAUUGAGUCUGAUGAUGAUCAAUGCUUGUUCACAAAAAGAAAAGAUAACAAGGUUGAAUACCCUCAGAGGAUUCUUGUGUCCGAACUUGUGAAUUAUGGCUACAGUGAGUGGCUUCAAAUUUCUAAUAUCAUCAAAAGCCACAAGGGAAUACACGCACAUGAGCUGAAGCUGGCAUUGACGCUGAUGAUAAACAAAUUCAAGAAUCUCAACAUGAUUCCUCCUCAAGAUUUAGGUUCAUCUUCAACACCAAAGCCUCCAUCAGUUCUAUCAAGGAUUCGAAUGAGGAGAUCAAAACAAGUUUCAUUUCUCGUGCCUUUUGGAUGUGUCUACAUCAAUAACUCCUUUACAAGUAGGAUUUCCUCUGCUUGA